UUUCAAAAACAGUGACGGCGUGCAAGUACCAGACAAAUAGACAACAACUCUCUACUCAAUGAAUGAAUGAAGCUUGAAACGCAUUUGCAGGUAGAGGAAUGCCAUCUGAACCAGUGCGUCUGGGUCGGAAACGGGCCCUACCCCCCUGUCCAAAUCCCCUGUUCCUUCAGUGGCUAACCGAGCUGCGAGAUCAGGCAGCAGAGAAAGGCCUUAAAACUCAAUACGUGUAUCAGAAGGCACUAAGUUCUUUGAAAAAGUACCCUCUCCCACUGAGGAACGGGAAAGAAGCAAAGAUAUUACAGAAUUUCGGGGACGGUAUCUGUAAGAUCUUGGAUGAUCGACUUGAGAAGUAUUAUAAAGAAAAUGGUCCAGACGCACCCAUACAUUCCCUCCCCAGUGAAGUAAAGGCUUCAGGUCAGUGCAGCAGUAACCAGGACCCGUCAAAAGCUUUCUUAAACACUCAGGAACCCUCUGCAACGAGUGGUGGACCCCACAAGAGGACCAAAAAAGUAGAUGCAGGGAAAGCGAAAGGGGGCCGAAAGAAGAGGGGAUAUGUUCCUCAGAAGAGGUCUGGAGGUUAUGCAGUGCUGCUCACACUCUACAGGCACACUCAGGUCCCAGGCAAUAAAGGCUUCAUGUUCAAAAAUGAGCUGCAGACGGAGGCUCAACCUCUUUGUGACAAAUCAUUCACUGUGCCAGAUCUGGGGAGUAAGUACACAGCCUGGUCCUCUGUCAGCACUCUCAUUCAGAGGGACUUGGUGCUGAAGACUCACAACCCAGCCAGAUAUGCUUUGACUGAGCUGGGCCUGGCUGUCGCAGAACAACUAGAAUCAGGAGACAGGGAGGAGAGGAGUGAACAAGACGUGGAAGACACAGGGGAAGCAGGAGAACCAGUGGCCUGUCCAGACACAGUGGAUCUGACCCAGGGUGAUGAUGAUGAUGAUGAUGAUGAUGAUGGUGGUCAUGAUGAUGAAGACGAAAGAGAGGGCAGGUUGGCAAAGAGGGCGCCCCCUGCUGCUUGUUUGGAUGAUGAAGUGGACCUGACAGAAGAGUGCCUGGCUGUGGAACAAGGAGAGGCAGCAGCAAAUGGCAUUCUUCUGCCUGGCUGCUAUGACAUCAUUCUCUGUAUUGACUUCAUAGAAACAACUGGGGGCAAUACUGUCAAGAAGCAAGACCUGGUUAAGGAGUUACAGAAGAAUGGAGUGACCUUUGACAUUAGGAAGCUAAAUGUGGGGGACUUCCUUUGGGUUGCCCGAGAACGAGUUGCCCCUGAUCAAGAGCAACUACGGCCACCUCCGGUCAAAGAGUUGGUCCUGGAUUACAUCGUCGAGAGAAAACGAAUGGAUGACCUGUGUGGCAGCAUUAUAGACGGGCGCUUUCGGGAACAGAAGUUCCGUCUGAAAAGGUGCGGCCUGUUCAAGCCCAUUUACCUGGUGGAGGAGCACGGGUCAGCUGCUGCUCACCUAAGUUUACCAGAGAGCACCUUGCAGCAGGCUAUAGCCAAUACACAGGUGGUGGAUGGCUUCUUUGUGAAAAGAGUACAGGAUGUGAUGGAAUCUGCUGCCUACCUCACCAUUAUGACCAGAUACCUACAGAAGCUGUACCAAAACCGGACACUGUACUGUCGCUCCAGAGAGCUGGAGGGGGACGGCCCAAGAGAUGCCAGCAUCUCUUGUUCUCUAAUGUCCUUUGCUGAAUUCAACCAUGGAGCAGUCAAAAAUAAGUGUCAGACCGUGAGGGAGGUGUUUGCCCGCCAGCUAAUGCAGAUCAGUGGACUCUCUGGGGACAAAGCGGCAGCCAUAUUGAAUCGCUACAACACAGUGAACAGCCUUGUGCAGGCCUAUGACCGAUGCUCUAGUGAAACAGAGAAAGAGAAACUUCUCUCCUCCAUCAAAUAUGGAAAACUUAAAAGGAACCUGGGUCCAGCUCUCAGCCGUACUGUUUACCAGCUCUAUUGUACUAAAGGUCCACUGUCAUAGUGUCCCACAUAGGGUCAUAUUUUUGUUCAGCAGAAUUUGUUCUUUGCCAUGUUUGUUUUCAUGUAUCAAUUGAUCUGUAAAAUAAUAAACUAAG